AUGGGGGGCUCGGUGGCUCCUGCGGGGCUCCGUGGGUGCUGGGUGAGGAGGCAGGCGCCGAGCCCCUCAUCAUCCUCGGGGAGGGAGGAAGGCUCAGCCCCCGGCAUCCGGUACCCGACGCAGCCCGGGCGGGCGGUGCCUUGUGGUGAGCAGCGCGUCCCGGAGCGGGACAGAGCCCAGCGCCGAGCCAUGCCGGGGGGAAAGGCCCUGAGCGCCUGGGCGCUGCUGGCCAGCCUGGCCGCGGCCAGCUGCGGCGUCCGAGGGCAGAUCUAUGUGAAGGAAUUCAGCGGGAAGGUGUUCCUGGAAUGUGUGCGAGAUCAGGGCAGCAAGAACAUGACCUGGUGGAGAGAUGGGAGCACUGUUGGACACGAGGCACAGCUGGACCUGAGCGGGGUUUAUGACGACCCCAGGGGCCUCUACGUGUGUGAAACAGGAAGCAAAAGGAGCAGCCUCCAGGUGCACUAUCGCAUGUGCCAGAACUGCAUCGAGGUGGACGCUCCCACCGUCUCGGGCAUCGUCAUCGCGGACGUGGUGGCCACGCUGUUCCUGGCAGUGGCCGUGUACUGCAUCACUGGCCACAACAGGGGCCACACCUCACGAGCUUCUGACAGGCAGAACCUGAUCGCCAACGAGCUCUACCAGCCCCUGGGGGAGCGGGAUGAUGAGCAGUACAGCCGGCUGGCUCCCGCCCGUGCCCGCAAGUGAGGUGAGAAGACUCGGAGCCUGCCUCCAUCAGCGUGCUGCUGUGGCCUGGAGGCCCCUCCAGGAUGGGCUCCUCGCAGCCCUGUGCUCCUUCCACCACCUCUUGCACUUCUGACUUGCUGCCAUUAAAGAUGAACCUGUCCCACAGGC